AGAGAGAGAGGCAGAGAGGGGGAGAGAAAACGAAGCCCAAACGCGUUCGCACCCGCCUGCUUAAAGAAAUUGCAGAUGCAAAAACGUCGUCGGUCGUCCUCAAAACUCUCAAUCUCGAAAUUUCUCUCUAUAAAGCUCUCUCUAUUAUUUUCUCCUUCUUCUUCUCUUUAUCUAAGCAUGAAAUUGUAUCAGAUCCAUGGCUUAUGAGUUUGAUCAAUCUUCUUCGUGAAUUCGCUGAAAACCCUAACAGAUCCAUGUUCUCAUAGUUUUCGUUUGGCUGCCUUUGACCAAAACCCUAGCCUCUCUCCACAAUGAAGAAUUCCAGCCGAUUCUUCACGAUCGGCCUCGUCACUGCCUGGUAUUCGUCCAACAUAGGGGUUUUGUUGCUCAACAAGUACUUGCUGAGCAACUAUGGCUUCAAGUACCCGAUCUUCCUCACCAUGUGCCACAUGACGGCCUGUUCUUUGCUCAGCUACGUCGCCAUUGCCUGGAUGAAGAUGGUGCCCAUGCAGACCAUCCGAUCGCGGGUCCAAUUCAUGAAGAUCUCCGCCCUCAGCCUUGUCUUCUGCGCCUCCGUUGUCAGCGGUAACAUUUCCCUUCGCUUUUUGCCGGUUUCAUUCAACCAGGCGAUCGGGGCCACCACGCCGUUUUUCACUGCGGUCUUUGCGUAUCUUAUGACCUUGAAGAGGGAGGCUUGGCUUACGUAUGUUACUCUCAUUCCCGUUGUCACUGGGGUCAUCAUCGCAAGCGGGGGUGAACCAAGUUUUCAUCUAUUUGGGUUUUUAAUGUGUAUUGGUGCUACUGCUGCAAGGGCACUUAAAUCAGUGCUUCAAGGGAUUCUGCUUUCUUCUGAGGGGGAGAAGCUGAAUUCAAUGAACCUGCUUUUAUACAUGGCUCCAAUAGCCGUAGUAUUUUUACUUCCUGCCACACUCUUUAUGGAAGAAAAUGUGGUUGGUAUCACACUAGCACUUGCAAGAGAUGAUAUAAAGAUCGUUUGGUAUCUGCUAUUCAAUUCUGCCCUAGCAUAUUUUGUAAAUUUGACCAAUUUUUUGGUCACAAAGCACACGAGUGCCCUAACUCUCCAGGUCCUGGGAAAUGCAAAAGGGGCUGUGGCUGUGGUGGUCUCAAUUUUGAUCUUUAGAAAUCCUGUCUCAGUUACUGGCAUGCUAGGUUACUCUCUCACAGUGUUUGGCGUCAUCCUCUACAGUGAGGCAAAGAAGCGAAGCAAAUGACAAAUUACCGUGGGAAUACAAAUUCUGUCUCUGUUUUUCUUUAUGCAAGGACCGGGGCCAACCUCCUGGAGGCAAGUAUUGGUCGGCCCUGCUCACAGUUGGUGUCCUUGGAUUUUGCCCCCUCUCAGUUCUAUUUUUUUCCCUGGAAGCCCUGGGUGACCGGCUUCCAUCUGUAUCAGCAACAGCCACCAGAGUAGCCCAGAGUAGAAAACUUCAAUAAAUGACUGAUUUUUCUCUCUACUUCCCCAGUUUGGGUUAUGGAGGGAUAUCUUUUUCCGUUUCUUCCCUUCUUUUUUCUUUUCCUUUUUUUUUUUCUUACUCUUUUUAUUCUUUUCCAAGAAAGGGUUGUAGAAUUGGGUCUCCACACAAUCAGUCUGUUAUUAACAUUUGUCAUAUUGAUUAAUUAAUGAAAGACACUCAUAAUUUUACCAUUUCACUAA